AUGCUCGUGAAAAUUGGUGAGACGCAUACCUACGACGGAAGGCUAUUUUUUUCAAUAACGGUGCCAACCACGGCAGGGUACGGCAACCUGGCGCCCAAGACGGCGGCGGGCAAGGUGGCGACCAUGGUGUACGCCAUCGUGGGCGUGCCGCUGAUGCUGCUCUGCCUGUCCAACCUGGGCGCGCUGCUCGCCGACACGUUCCAGUUCGCCUACUCGCAGGCGCACGCCUGCUUGGUGGUGGUGCUGGUGCAGGUGCGCCAGCUGCUGACGGAGUGCGCCGAGUACCAGGUGUCGCAGGCGGGGGGCGUCGCGCCGGACGCGGCGGCGACGCGGCUGCUGCGCGAGCUGCGCAGGCCGGCCCCCGUGGGCGGCGCCACCGUCGCCCUGCUCGUCACGCAGCGCCGCGACGACGACGACGACGAGGCCUGGCUCGUGUCGCCUGGUGUGUUUCACAGCGCGGCGGCGCACGACACGCCCUCGCGGGUUCCCCUGAUCUGGAGGCCGACCGAGCAGCAGCAGCAGCAGCGGCCGCCCACACCGCCCCCGAGGCGCGUGUCGCACGCGCAUGCGCACGCGCACCAGCCUGACGUCACCGCCGACGCCACGCCGGCUUCCUGCACCGCCACGGCCGACUCCGCCGUCUCGGGCGCCAACAACGACGCCACAAGACACCACAACGAGGCGCAGAGCCGGGUGCCGGUGUGGCUGGUGCUGGUCGUGCUGACGGGCUACAUCUGCCUGGGCGCCGCCAUCUUCGCGCGCUGGGAGGACUGGAGCUUCCUGGACGGCGCCUACUUCUGCUUCAUCACGCUGUCCACCAUCGGCUUCGGCGACUUGGUGCCGGGAAAGUCGCUGCGCACCUUCCAGCAGCGCGCCGAGCUGCAGCUGGUGGCGUGCUGCGCCUACCUGCUGCUCGGCCUCGUGCUGAUCGCCAUGUCGUUCAGCCUGGUGCAGGCCGAGGUGGUGGCGCGCUGCCGCCAGGCCGCCGCCUCGUUGGGGCUGCUCAAGCGGUAG